AAAAUCGAAAGGCAAGAGUGAAAUGGAGGCGGCCCCAACAGGAUGCUACAAGUGUGGCCGACCAGGCCACUGGUCGCGUGAUUGCCCCUUUUCUCCUUCAAACCCUGAUUCAUCUUCCUCUCACAAGCCUACUCCCGCUGGCGAUGGAACCCCUUCCGUUCGCAAGCCGGCCGAUAAGCCCAAGAAGCUCCCAAGAUCCAGGCCUAAACUCACCCCUGAUCUUCUUCUCUCCGAUGACGGCCUUGGUUAUGUUCUUCGCUAUUUCCCUCGCGCUUUCAAGUACCGUGGCCGCGGGAAUGAGGUUCGUGAUCUGGGUAACCUUCUUGAGUUAUACUGUGAAUGGCACUCUCGCUUGCUCCCCUAUUACUCAUUCAAUCAAUUUGUUCACAAAGUGGAGCAAGUUGGUGCUACGAAGCGUGUUAAGACUUGCCUCAGGGAAUUGAGAGAAAGAGUUGCUAAUGGUGGGGAUCCAACAAGGCUGCGUGAACACCCAGUUGAGCAUGAUUUUCCGGCUGAUAACGCUGAAACUGGGGAAGCCAGUCAUCAAGAGGGAGACGUAUUUCCAGAAUCCCAAAAUGCUGAGAACACUGAAGAAGAUAUUCUUAACGAAGUUUUCGAAGAGGCUACUGCAGAACCUUCUCAGUUCAUAGAUUCCAUCGCGGAAACAUCAAAUGGAGUUUCAAAUAGCGGAACCAAAACUUCUGGCAAAGCUGAAAUAACAGAAGAGCAGAGGACUCGUAUGGAAGCAAAUAGGUUGAAGGCUCUAGAAAGGCGCGCUGCUCGAGCCCCCUCAUCACAGGCCACCUGACUCAAACAUCCCUUGUAAAUGGAGACCUUUUUUCCCAUUUUUCCUAUUACGUGGUGUGCAAAACAUGCUUGUUGCCCAUGGAGUCACAUUUAUGCCUCGGGUUAUGUGCUUAUCUAGAACAACAAUUUCGAACGAAGAUAUGGCUGUAUUUUCAUUUGCUACCUAAUGUAACAGCCUCUAGAAAAUGUUAAUAGUGCGUCCAGUUUCGCAA